AUGAUUACAACAAAACCAAGAAAUAAUAUAACCUCAAAAUCAAUUUUUAUUACAAAAUUGUCUUCAAACGUUACUUUAGAAAAUAUAACCACAACUAAUCUGAAUGUCACAAAUUAUACCUCAAAUAGUGUUCUAACAUUUCCUACGAAUAUUGAGAGUAACCGUGAAACUUUCAAAGAUGAAAUAUUGACAACAGAAUCAUCUAAAAUUUAUACAGAUAAAAUAACAGAUGCUACAACCAAAAUCAAAGAAAAUAUUGAAACUUUAACAGUAUCGCAAGAAAACUUUGAAAUUCCUACAACCGAAGAUUAUCUUAAAACCGAUUUUCCAACUGAAAUUUCAGAUUUUACAACAGUUAGUGUUAACAUUAAUACUAAAUCAUUGAAUAUCGCACAAACAUUUGAAACAGUACCUCCUAAAAACCACACAGAAGUAACUACAAAAGUCACUGUAAUUAACGAAAAUGAUAUAACAAAAAAUAUGGCUACCGCCCCAAGUUAUGUGUAUACAGAAGACGUAACUCAAGAAGAAAACAAAGAAGUGACAACAGAAUUUAUCACAGAAAUAGAGGAAACUAGAGAUGAUACAGAAAUUUCAACCGAAACGAUAAAAGACACAACUUUAAUUACUACGAAGAUUACAAGACGAACUUUAGGGAGACCACUUGUUUUUAUGGGAGGUAAUUAAUCUGCAGUAUCUAAAAAAAAGUUACGUAUCUUUAAUUGAAAAUUGAAAUAACUAUAGAUAUAAAAAAGUUUGC